UUUUUUUCAAUAUUAUGAUUUUAAUCAAUAUGACUAUCGUGUAUUUGUAAUUUAGGCAACAAAAGCAAAUUUAAUGAAUAACAGAGAGUAAAGCACGCCUGGAAGGCCCCUUUGGAGUGAAUCCAACAGAAAUUGUACUAGGGACGACACACGAUUACGGUAUAUCAUUUAUUCAUUGCCUUAUCGUAAAUGACCAGCCCAGCAUGGUUCUGCCAGAUAAAACGUCGAUAGGGGCGGAAAUCGUUGAAAAUGUGGCAAGUGCGGGCAGUGAAAAAAUUUAUAGUCGCGAUUUUUUUUUCUGUUGCUGCGUUAUUCAACAACCAAGGGUUGAUCGAGCUACAGGAACGAGCAAUAACCAUGGACGAUUUCAACUCAAUCUCUGAGAGCUGUUUCUUGGUGUUACCAAAUUCGGGAUCGUCCUCGAUCAAAGCAUCUUCGAAACGGAAGCGACCAAUUUCGAAAAAUAUUCGAAUCACCCGACGCGCUACCGACUCCAAUGCCAUCGAACAUAAUGGCUUUCAGCAGUUAUUUGAUCGAGAAGAAUCGGUGGACGGCAUGUUAACCCGCAAACGCGCUUUUGAAUCCACAUGGCAGCAAACAAGCACGCUCAUCGAUGUACGAUCUUCUUUCCUUAAAAGUCACGCUAUAUUUGACUUAUGCCUGCUUUACUUUGGAUUAGACCAUCUUACUCGACAUGAACCGUGUCGCCUUGGAAGAAAUUAGUCAGUUUGUCGACCGUGCCCAGGAUCAGUUCAACGGCAUGAGCGGGUACAUUUUUCUUCAGUUUUCAAGCUUUGGAUC